GGUGGCAGGAGUGGAGGGGACACUUCACCAUGGAAUAUGAAGUCAAGAAAGGGAAAAAGGGCUUCGUGUCCCCCAUCCGGAGGCUGGUGUUCCCGAAGGCUGGGCGCCGGGCAGCCUUUCGAAGCAGUGUGAGCCGCCGGCCCCUGCAUUCGAUGCCCCUUUAUCCCCCCGACUACCUCAUCGACCCCCAGAUUCUGCUGUGUGACUAUCUGGAGAAAGAGGUCAAGUUCCUGGGCCACCUCACCUGGGUCACCUCCUCACUGAACCCCUCCAGCCGGGACGAGCUCCUGCAGCUGCUGGACACGGCCAGGCAGCUGAAGGAGCUGCCGCUGAAGACCACGGCGGAGCAGGACAGCAUCCUGAGCCUGUCGGCCCGCUGCCUGCUGCUCACCUGGCGCGACAACGAGGAGCUCAUCUUGCGUAUCCCCACGCACGAGAUCGCCGCUGCCUCCUACCUGCAGGACGACGCGCUGCACCUGCUGGUGCUUAAGACCGGUCUGGGCGUGGACCCGGUGCCAGCCGGAGUAGACGCCAGCCCCGGCGGCGCGGGGCGCGACCCGGGCCCGCCCGGGGCGGCGCCCGAGAAGCGGCGGGUGGGCGCCACGGAGCGGCGCCACACCAUCUGCAGCCUUGACUGGCGGAUGGCGUGGGGCGGGAGCGCGGGCGCCGAGGCCCGGGCGGGGGGCGGCGGCGGCGGCAGCCUGGAGCGCCAGCGCGCCGGGGCGCGGGCGUCGGGCAGCUGGGAGCGGCGGCAGACGUUCAGCGGCAGCUGGGAGCGGCGGCACGGCGGCGGCGGCGGCGGCGGCGCCGCGGGCAAGCCGGGCGGCAGCUGGGAGCGGAGGCAGGCGGGAGGCGGCGGCAGCUGGGAGCGGCGCCACCCGGGCCCCAACCCACUCGACCCACAGGACCCCAGCCCCGACGCCUACUGCAACCUGGUCAUCCUGGCUGUGGCCAACAGGGAUGCUGCAGAGGAGUCCUGCGCCCUCAUCUGUCAGGUCUUCCAGAUCAUCUACGGGGACCAAAGCAUCGAGUGCGUGGACCGGGCCGGCUACCACUACACGUCCACGCCCGAACGGCCGUGGCUCUGCAGCCGCAGUGAGAGCUGCCGCACGGAUGGGACUUACGCCUAUGACGCCGACUUCAGCUGCUGCAGCUCCUUCAAUGGCUCUCAGGACACAUUUGAAGCCUGUUACAGCGGCACGUCCACACCCUCUUUCCACGGCUCCCACUGCAGCGGCAGCGACCACAGCAGCCUGGGCCUCGAGCAGUUGCAGGAUUACAUGGUCACGUUGCGGAGUAAGCUGGGGCCCCCUGAGAUCCAGCAGUUUGCGCUGCUGCUGCGGGACUACCGGCUGGGGCUGCCCAUCCAGGACUAUUGCGCAGGCCUGCUGAAGCUCUACGGAGACCGGCGCAAGUUCCUCCUGCUUGGGAUGCGGCCCUUCAUUCCGGACCAGGACAUCGGCUACUUCGAGGGCUUCCUGGAGGGCGUGGGCAUCCGCGAGGGCGGCAUCCUCACCGACAGCUUCGGCCGCAUCAAGCGCAGCAUGAGCUCCACGUCGGCGUCGGCCGUGCGCAGCUACGACGGCGCGGCCCAGCGGCCCGAGGCGCAGGCCUUCCACCGGCUGCUGGCCGACAUCACGCACGACAUCGAGGCGCUGGCCCCAGACGACGACGACGAAAGCACGGACGAGGAGGCCCGGGGCUCCCCGAGCGGGGCCGAUGCGGCCGAGGACAACUACCUGUAGCCUGUGCCACCGCCCAUGCGGAGGGCGGGGAAGGGGGUGGCCCCAAAACCCCUCCCCUGAGUCUCACUCGCCGUUGCCUGUGGGACCCCAUCCGCAGACCUCCUACUCAAACCCCAAACCGGGGCUCCACCCUCCCGGGGUCUCUGUCCCUACUCCCGGGGCUCCGGUCCCUGCAGUACCGAGAAUGUCCUGCAGGGGGCGGGAUCCUAACCGGGACUUGGCAGCCCCUAGGCCGGCUGGGGUGGACUGCGAACUUCUUUGUCCCACUAGCCUCUGGACUCUCCCUCCUCCUCGAGACUCCGCAGCUUUCUGGAGGCCAAGGGAGGGAUGAAGAGUGGGCUCCACCUGCUGGCCGGUUGAGAAAAUAAUUCUCAGAGCCCAAAGACCUCUGUUCCUCUUAUUUUACAGUUUGAGAAACAGGUUCAAGAGAAGGGACUUGAGGGAGUCUCCUGAUUCCCCUUAGAUAUUACCUCAAACUGACCAUACUAAAUGGUGUAGAGGGUCUUUUUAAAGCUCUAAAGGGCAGGGUCUCCCCUUCGCAGGUGGAAUUAGAUCGUUAGUGUGGAAUAGAGGUUUCUUUCUACUGAGAGUCAACCCAGAGGUGGACGAUUUGGGUCCCAGUCCUGGCCCUAAGGCUCUGAACAGGUUGCUUGUUCAGAUCUUGCAUUUGGAGCCAGACAGGCUAGGCCUCCUGUCUGGUAGCAGUUCUAGAUUCUCUGUGUCUCCAUUUCCUCUUCUGACCAUGAAGUCGGCCCCACCCACCUCACAGGGGGGUCAUAGGGAUUACUGAAGGUCAGGACCUUAGUGCUGGGUCUAGCACAUGAUAAGCACUCAAUAAAUGCUGUUCCCUUCCACAUCGAACACUUUCUGACUCAGUUUACCUGUCUUUACCUGUGUGCAACGGGACAGGAACUGAGGUGGAGGUGAGAAGGCCCUCAGGGAGCUCACAGUUUGGGAGGAGGAAAUAGGAAUUGCCCCUCACAGCUCUAUUACAGCCUGGCUCAGUGCUCGAGGCCCAAAUGAAAAGUACCCAAGAUUCCGCAGACAAGCCAUCGCAUCUGGGGCAGUCAAAGAAGUCUGAAGACAGGGUUGGAGGGGAAGAGAAGUCAGCAUAAGGACAGGACUCAGCACAGCCUCAGUAAAGGCUCAGAGGCUGAAAGAAAGAAGCCCUGAGAAGAGGCAAGAGAAUUGCAUAGAAGAGCUAAAAUUUGUAGAACUUUACAUGGCCUUCCAUGGCCAGACACAGGGCACUUACCGUGAGGUAGGUACUAUUAUCACCAUUGUUAAAAUAAUAUCAUUAUUAUUAUUAGGGCUUCAGAUCCAGAGAGUUCCAUGAGUUAUACUCAGUUCGUGGCAAAUGACCAUCCCAUCAUAACUGAUCCAUGAAAGGCCCUUCUGAUGUCUAACUUUGUUUUAUAUUCCCCAAACUCCAUCCACACAUCCCCACAAUCCUUCCCCUCCCUACAAUAGGCACCCACCCCUAUGUGUUGAUAUAUAUCCCUGGACAUAAAAUGUACAAUGUCUUCUGUGUGUGUGUUUAUAUUACAUAAAUGGUAUUGUAUAAGGAUCUCAUUCUGUUGUUUCCUUUUUCACUCCAUAAUAU